UCAAUUUCAACAAUGCUCCACUAGAAAUUCAUUGCGAGUGAUAUCGGUCUGUCAACAACAGAGCUAUAUUGUCGCAAUGUGUUUGUGCUGCUGCCGUUGUUGUUGUUGUCAUUGUUCAUUCUGAUUGUGUUCGCACGAUAAAUGUUUGUUUGUUUCUUUGAAAUGAUUGAAUCAAAGACAAAAAAAAAACCGGUUGAAAUGUAGAGUCACGUUGUCAUUGAUAACUGAUCGUUAAAUCACCAGUGUCUUUCCCAUUUCAACGCAACAUGCGCAGAAUACAGUAUUCCCUACGACAACCACAACAACAGCAGCAGCAUCAAAAACACAAAAUACAACUUUUGUACGUUUAUCUAUCUCUUCAAUGCCCAUGAACAAUGCCCAUGGAGCAUCUGUGGAAAAUGGGCAAUUUAUUAAAUUCUUCGUGUCAUAGCCGAAAAAAUGAUCUAGCGCUUGAACAGCGUAAUAGGUUUAGUUCUUCUCUCGGCCAGAUGCCGUCAAAAGAGAGCAAGAGAGAGAGAGAGAGGGAGAAAUGCCGGCAUCACAAGUGAAAUGUCAAAUGGGCCAAAUCUAAACAUCGACUCUCAGCAUUUCAUUAAAAAAUGACCAAUGAAUAAAUCGUUUCUAACCGGAUUUCCCGAAACCAUUAGAUGACAAAUUCACACGUUUACUCCUUGCUUCGUAACAAUUGAGUUCAAUCACCAGAUAAUGAAAUUCUAUUCAACUAAUUUCAAGCUACGUUCGAUUCUUUUCUUUAAAAUAUUUUUCGUUUAUCAUUUCAAUCGUAAAUUAAACGCAAUUUCAACAGAAUUUCCUACAAAUGAAUCGUCUCUAAUUGCUUGUGAUUUUACAAGAUGUUUGAAAAUGUGAAUAUUAUAAAAGCUGACAUAUGUACCAUCAUUUUUUAUGAGUAUUUAUAAAAUGAAAUGGCAUGUGCACCUAGUUAAAUGCGAUUGAAUGUCAAUGAUUCAAUUAUUAGGAAGAGAAAGAGAAAUGAUUCAUUUAAAUGUUCAACGUGUAUUUUCGGUUGGAUUUGCGGCAAAAAAAUUGUUCAAUAUUCGUUUGAUGUGAGCCGAGCAUGCUGCAUAACGUGUAUGAUGAUGAUAACGUUACAUUGUACGGUUCGAACGACCGAGUAGUGUAGCGGCAAAAUGCAUUUAAAACAACAACAAAAAACCAAAAACAAUUAAGCGCAUUGGAGCGAAUGACCAAUAGCCGCGAAAAAAAAUUCACUCAUCCGCGUGUAUCUAUCGCAUAUAUACAAACGAUACACACGCAUACCCAUACAUACGCACACACAAGCAUGCGCUGCCAUUAUAUGUAUAUGCAAACGCGUCCACACACAUAAACAAACACCAAGGCAAACGCACAGAAAGUCAGAGAGCGACAGCGAGUUGAAGAGAGCCAAGAGCGAACAUACGAACGAACAAAGCGCGCGCGAGUAAAACUCAAUAGAGAAAACACGGAUGACAAGACAUCGGCACCGUGUGCCGAUUCGAUACACAGAGCAAAGCUGUUGGAUGCAGAGCGAGAGCCACGAGCAGAGAGAGAGAGAGAGAGAGAGAGAGAGAGAGAGCGUAAAACCGAUGUGAAACACGACAGUUCUCUCUAACACAGUGUAUGUGUUUAAUUCGUAGUGUCGGUAGUAGGUUUUUGAUUUUUUAUCUUUUUCUAUCCCAUUCACACACACUUUCUGUCUCUCGUUCGCAUUUUUCUUCAGUACGGUCUUCAAUUUUUCCUUGUUGCUUUCAUCAUCCAGUAUUUUAAUGAAUAUAGUGAGUAAAGAACCACAUGUGAACGAUGACCGCACAACGUAAUCAGACGAUCCAACCGAGUGUUUUGCAUUAAUUGUGUGUGUGUUUAUUAAUCAUAACGUUGAAUUGGCUUCUUCUUUUUUGUGUUCAAUUGAACGAAAUAAAUAAAUAAAAAUAAAACAAGUGCAGAUUUUGGUCGAAAUAUUUUUUUGCUGUUCUGACAUAGAGAAGAAGAAACAUUUUCGUUAUUAUUUCGCGGUCCAUUCCGAUGACACCGACAAACCCAUAGAGAGAAAAAAACGACGGAAAAAGAAGAAGAACAAGACAAAGUUAACCGAUUUAGUUUUGACCCAUUGAGAAGAGUAGUCGAGAAAUUCGAACAACGUCAUCGUUUACAUUUUGGCGAAGUGAAUUGCAAGUGUUUUCAACAGGAGACACUCACACACCGAGAAAAAGAAAGAGACAGAGACAGAGAGAGCGCACGACCUAGAGAGUGAAAAAGAAACAGAAACAAAGAAAAUAUUUCUCUUCAAAACGUAAAUAAACACAUCGAAACUUUUACAGAUGAUAAUGACUUGAAUGUAAAUAAUCAGGGAAUCGAUUGAAAUAAAAUCCCUCUCGGUGGAGAAAGCACGUAUCGUAGAUAUUUUGGUUUUGUGCGCGUAAAUGUGAGCGAAGAAAGGAGAGAUAGAGAUAGAUAGUGGUAGAGAGAGAGAGAGAGAGAGAGAGGGAGAGAGAGAUAGAGAGAGAAAGAGAAUACAACAGAAAAAUCAGGAGACAAAGAAAGGCAAUUGUUUGUAAUAAUAAUAAUAAAUUAAAAAAAAAAAACAGAAACCGAAAAUAAAAGAAACUACCGCCAAAGGUAAAGCCAAAAAAAAACAGACGAUCUGCAGACGACAGAGGCCCGAAUUUAACCUAAAAUUGGCGAGAAAGCCAACACCGCAUAAUAAAAAUUGUUUUUGUGAAAUUUUCGACAUAUUUUGAUAUUUAUUCAAUUCUUUUUUUUCUGUUCGUUGUUCGUCGGUCGCGGUUGUUUGUGGUUUUCUUUGCUCUUCUGCUCACCAAUAAUUUUUUUCUUCAACAUUGCGGGUUGAUCGAAUAGCGCGGGUAGAUGUGCUUGAAAUUCGAUUUGACGACUAAGAAGCAAGCGUGCCGUUUCAUUGAUGGAUCACAAGUAAAUCAUUUCAGUCACUCUUCACCUUAAAUUGUAUAUACAUAAUGAAUAAUAGCAGAAAAACGGUUUUCUUUUGUUGUUGUUCGUUUGCUCGUUUUGUAGAGAUUGAUGAUGUUUUUUUUUUCUAUUAUAAAUUGUGUGUCGCCGUUGUGUGUGGUUUGUGUUUGCGCUAGAUUUCUAUUUAAGCGAAAAUUUGCAAGUUCACACAGUUUUACUAUUUAUUUUUGUUGCCUUCAACAGAUUUGAUAUAGUUUUUUUAUUCGUCAUAAUUAAAUGCAAUGAAUACAGUGUGAGGGCGAGCGAGAGAGAGAGAGAGAGAGAGAGAAAGCGAGAAAUAAAAUUUGAGUUGAAAUUUUGGUUGCAUUGGUUAUCGGAUGUCCUUUGCUACAACAAAAAAUUAUUCAAUGGAAUUGUGUUCCAAUCGGAAAAUAUCAUGAAUACCAGACAAGAUCAAGUGAGAAAAUGGUGAAAACAAUAAAAGAAGAAAAGAAUCAAAAUCGAGACGCAUGCAUUUACGUGUGCUGUGAAAUUCUUGUAGUUUCAAUUCCAUUGUUGUUCUUCGAACGACAACGAUGACGACGAUGAAAACGACAAUGACGGUCUCGGAGGCAAUGUGUUGUUUUCUUCUUUUUUUUCGUUUCGUGUCUGCUCAUCCGUUGUUUGUCAACCGUUUUAUUUGCCAUCUCGUUGUUCGUUUCGAUUAAAUGUCAGUGAAAUUAAAGCAUUUAUGCCGAUAUAAUUGGAGUUUAAUUCAACGAAAUGCCAUUGCAAUUCGUUAAAUUUGAUUAUAGGAUAAUCAAUGCAUAAAUUGAACAAGUAUGUACGAAUGUCGAUCGUUCGAUUUGUUUGGGUUACACGAAAGAUAGGCACACACAUACGACACACGGUACACACAAAAAAAGUGGCCUGACUUCAGUCAAAUGUGACGUUUCGCUGUCGUAUCGGAUAUUGUGCUUGUGCGUCUGUGUCCGUGUCCGUGUCCGUAUUCGUGUCUGUGUGCUGCCAGUUUGUGUAUUGUAAUGUGUUUGUAUAUGCGUGAAUCAAAAUUGAGUUGUACCAAGUGAAUGAAUGAAUGAGUGAAACAGAGAUGGCAAGAACGUAGACCGUAAUAACACUCCUGUGUGCAUACUGAGUGAAGAAAUCAUACGAUAUCGGUCGGUCGGUCGCUGCCGCUGUCAUUGUCGUCGUUGUCGUCGACAUCGCCGUCGCGUGUAUCAAUGUGCUUUAUCCACAUUGGAUAACACCACCAUAUGACGUUUGUUCAACCGACCGACCAUCAUCAUCAUCAUCAUACGAUAUAACGUGCGGCAUGGGUUGAGUUUACAUUCAUAUACGAUGAUUCAAAUGGUGCGUAAUUGAAGCGCGAUAAGGCUAUAGCCAGCUCUUAUUAAAAUGGAAAUUUUACUUGGUUCGUUUUUGUUUUUAUCAUUUUUUUUUCGAAAAGAUUUCGAUAACCUAUUAAAUCACAUACCAGAUAUAUCGACGGAAUCGCACAAGUUAUGCAUAUGUGAUGUGUCAAGUCAGUUGUCACAAUAGUUUUUCUGUUUUCGUUUUUUUUUCCUGUCAAAGGUGCCAAAACUGCAUCAGACGGUUGCACUUUGCAUUUUUUAAUCAAAACAAUUCGAUUCCGAUUUUUCUCUCAUUAUAUUUAAGAAGGAAAUGAAAUUGGCCGCAUAAAAAUGUGUAACAUUUUCGAUUACACAUGUAAUAAAGACUAGUAUGUCGAAAUUUUAUCAAAAGUAAGAUAAAAAUAAAAUGACUUGAUAAACAUGUCUUUUCAUCAAUACACAAUACAAAACACGAAAAACAAAAACGAGCAGAGUUAUCAUACGCAAUGCUAAAGCAAUUAUGGAUCCAGCAAAUGCAUGCAUAUAUAUGUAUAUAUAUAUGCGUUUCCUCAUCAUUAGUCUAAUCAUCAAAAUUUACACUGAUUACAGCAAAAUUGUGAUAUUAAAUAUGGCAGCCACAGCUUGAGCUUGAAUAACCCAACCACAAUGACAAAACAAAUAAACGAAAAGAGCAAGCAAGCAAAAAUAUGAAUUGAAUAAUGGAUUAAAUAUUCCAAGCAAGAGUUGGAUCAUGUUCAUUCUGUGUCUUGCACAUGUAUCAAAUAGUCAUUGAAAUUUCCUCCACUCAAUUGGCACUCUCUGCUGUGACCGCGUGCAGCUGACGCAAAUUUUUCACCAAGUGGAAAACCAUAUCAAGCCACAGAUCACAAGAAAAAAUAAAUUACACAUCAAAACGUAAGCAAUAACAUACAUAACAUAUUUUCAAUAGAUGAUUCAAACUGAUGAAAAAAUCCCCAAUCACACACACACACACGCGCGCGCAACACAGUCACAUCCAUUUUCCCAAUUUUGAAUACAAGCAACGAAAUGUAUAAAAUUUAAAUGGUGUUGUAAUUGCAAUUAAAAAUAAAAGUGAAUGGAUCAGCAAAUGUCGACGAUGACGAUAACGAUGGUCAUCAAGUUUUUCGUGUUGUACAUUUUAAGCAAAUUUUCACUUCGAACUACAGCAACAACAGCAAAAAUUCAGAAAGAAAAAAACUGUUCAAACGUGAUUGAUUUCAAGUCCAUUCAGAACAAUACCGAACGAAACGAUUUCAUGGCAAAAUUGAAUUCCAUAUGAAAAUUUUAUUUGGCGAUCAAAAUUUCAUGGCAAACUUAACACACACACACACACACACACACAAAAACCAUUUUUUCUUUGUUUUCAAUUCGAAAUUAAAAUUCACUCGAACCGUUUCAAUUAAUAUUUUACAUUAACAAAAAGUAACGCCAAUACACACGCAAUAAAGUUUGUUUUUGUUAUGCUUAUAAAAUGCAAUGCAGCAAUAUGAGACCUAGUAUGUCCAGAGGUGCUGGGCUUGGACUCGAUCGUAAUCAUGAGCGUGACUUUGUACUUUCAUCAAUUGAAGAGUUUGUCAAGAGAUUCGACGGUAUUCGACCAAUAAACAAGGUCUUGAUCGCCAACAAUGGAAUUGCUGCCGUUAAGUGUAUGCGUUCGAUACGCCGCUGGUCAUAUGAAAUGUUCCAGAAUGAGCGUGCAGUGCGUUUUGUGGUUAUGGUUACACCCGAAGAUCUGAAAGCAAAUGCCGAAUAUAUCAAAAUGGCUGAUCACUAUGUGCCUGUGCCCGGCGGAUCAAACAAUAACAAUUACGCCAAUGUGGAAUUGAUUGUGGAUAUUGCUGUGCGAACGCAAGUGCAAGCUGUAUGGGCCGGAUGGGGUCAUGCAUCGGAAAAUCCAAAGUUACCAGAAUUGCUGCGCAAAGAAUCGAUUGUGUUCUUGGGACCGCCAGAGCGUGCGAUGUGGGCUCUUGGUGACAAAGUGGCAUCAUCAAUUGUUGCACAAACCGCUGAUAUUCCAACACUGGCCUGGUCUGGAUCCGAACUGAAGGCACAAUACAGUGGUAAAAAAAUCAAAAUCUCAUCGGAACUGUUCAAUCGUGGUUGUGUAUCGACAGCUGAACAGGGUUUGGCGGCAUCGACCAAAAUCGGAUUCCCCGUUAUGAUCAAAGCAUCCGAAGGUGGCGGUGGCAAAGGUAUUCGACGUGUCGAUAAAGCCGAAGAUUUCACUUCACUUUUCCGUCAAGUACAAGCUGAAAUUCCCGGUUCACCCAUUUUCGUAAUGAAAUUGGCAAGCGGCGCACGCCAUUUAGAAGUGCAAUUAUUGGCCGAUCAAUACGGUAAUGCGAUCAGUUUGUUCGGCCGUGAUUGUUCGAUUCAACGUCGUCAUCAGAAGAUUAUUGAAGAAGCGCCAGCCAUCAUUGCGCAUCCGGAGGUGUUUGAAGAAAUGGAAAAGGCUGCCGUUCGUUUGGCCAAAAUGGUUGGCUAUGUGAGUGCCGGUACAGUUGAAUAUUUGUAUGCCAACGAUGGUAACUACUAUUUCUUGGAAUUGAAUCCACGGUUGCAAGUAGAGCAUCCGUGUACGGAAAUGGUGGCCGAUGUCAAUUUGCCCGCUUGUCAACUGCAAAUCGGAAUGGGCGUUCAAUUGUAUCGGUUGAAAGACAUUCGUUUGCUAUAUGGUGAAUCACCAUGGGAUUCAACCAUCAUCGAUUUUGACACGCCAAAAUCAAAACCAAGACCAUGGGGCCAUGUCAUCGCUGCACGUAUCACAUCCGAAAAUCCAGAUGAAGGUUUCAAACCAAGCUCAGGUACUGUCCAAGAAUUGAACUUCCGUUCAAGCAAAGAUGUGUGGGGUUACUUCAGUGUUGCCGCAUCGGGUGGUUUGCACGAAUUUGCCGAUUCACAGUUUGGUCAUUGUUUCUCCUGGGGUGAAACACGUCAUCAGGCCCGUGAAAAUUUGGUCAUCGCACUGAAAGAGCUUUCGAUUCGUGGUGAUUUCCGUACAACGGUCGAGUAUUUGAUUACAUUGCUCGAAACAAACAGUUUCUUGGAGAAUACAAUCGACACUGCCUGGUUGGAUGCCUUAAUUGCACAACGUGUUCAAGCCGAUAAGCCUAAUAUUCUUCUCGGCGUUAUCUGUGGUGCUCUGCACAUUGCCGAUCGUCAAAUUAGCGAAUCGUUUACACACUUCCAAGUUUCAUUGGAAAAGGGACAAAUUCAAGCGGCUAACACAUUGACAAAUGUCGUGGAUGUUGAGCUUAUUUCCAAUAGCGUUAAAUAUAAAGUUCAAGUUGCCAAAAGUGGAGCAAACACCUAUUUCCUCGUCAUGAAUGGCUCAUUCAAGGAGGUUGAAGUCCAUCGCUUGUCCGAUGGAUGUAUGCUAUUGUCGUUAGAAGGUGCUAGUCACACAACUUAUAUGAAAGAGGAAGUCGAUCGUUAUCGUAUUGUGAUUGGUAAUCAAACCGUUGUAUUCGACAAGGAAAACGAUCCAUCGUUGUUGAGAAGUCCAUCGGCUGGUAAAUUGAUUAAUUUAAUCAUCGAAGAUGGUGCCCAUGUGAACAAAGGUCAAGCAUACGCUGAAAUUGAAGUCAUGAAAAUGGUCAUGACAUUAACGGCCCAAGAAUCCGGUACCGUAUCGUUUGUAAGACGUUCGGGUGCUGUUUUAGAUGCUGGCAGUUUGAUCGGUCACAUCGAAUUGGACGAUCCAUCAUUGGUCACAAAAGCUCAACUAUACAAAAACCCAUUCCCACCAUCCGAACACAAUUUGGUUCCGGAGAAAUUGAAUAAAAUUCACAAUAGCUACAAAGCCGCUUUGGAGAAUAGAUUGGCCGGUUUCUGUCUUCCGGAUCCAUACAAUACGCCACGUUUGCGCGAAAUUAUCGAGAAAUUCAUGCAAAGUUUGCGUGAUCGUUCGUUGCCAUUGCUCGAAUUGCAAGAGGUUAUUGCAUCGAUAUCCGGCCGUAUCCCAAUGUCGGUGGAAAAGAAAAUCCGUAAGCUGAUGACUUUAUACGAGCGCAACAUCACCAGUGUGUUGGUGCAAUUCCCAUCGCAACAAAUAGCCAGCGUUAUCGAUAGCCAUGCAGCAACGCUACAAAAGCGGUCAGAGCGUGAUGUGUUCUUUAUGACCACCCAAGGAAUCGUGCAAUUGGUUCAACGUUAUCGCAACGGUAUUCGUGGCCGAAUGAAGGCUGCCGUGCAUGAACUGUUGCGCCAAUACUAUGCCGUUGAAAGUCAAUUCCAAUACGGACACUACGACAAGUGUGUGGCUGCACUUCGUGAAAAGCAUAAGGACGAUAUGGCUGCUGUGGUUAGCACCAUUUUCUCACACAGCCAGGUGAGCAAAAAGAAUUUAUUGGUCACCCUGUUGAUCGAUCACCUGUGGGACAACGAGCCUGGUUUGACCGAUGAACUGGCCGCCACUUUGAGUGAAUUGACAUCAUUGAAUCGUGCCGAACACUCACGUGUUGCAUUGCGUGCUCGUCAAGUGCUGAUCGCCGCCCAUCAACCCGCUUAUGAAUUGCGUCACAAUCAAAUGGAGUCGAUCUUCUUGUCAGCCGUUGACAUGUAUGGACAUGAUUUUCAUCCGGAGAAUUUGCAGCGCCUAAUCUUGUCGGAAACAUCAAUCUUCGACAUUUUACACGAUUUCUUCUAUCACAGUAAUCGUGCCGUUUGCAAUGCCGCUCUUGAAGUUUACAUUCGCCGUUCGUACAUUUCGUAUGAAUUGACAUGUUUGCAACACCACAAGCUAUCCGGUGAAUUGCCAUUGGUGUAUUUCCAAUUCUUGUUGCCAAUGGCACAUCCGCAUCGUUGCUUCAUGAAAUUCUCGCCCGAAAAGAGUGAAACCGAAACCAUUUUCACCGGAUCGUUUAUGCGCACCGGUUGCAUGGCCGCAUUCAAUUCAUUCGAACACUUCCAAGAAUAUUCGGAUGAAAUUUUGGAUUUGCUUGAAGAUUCCGUAUCGCCAAUCCUAAUUAACAGCAAAGUUUUGGAUGCUGUCGAAGCAGCUGAUUCUCAAUCGGAAGGUGGACGCAUGAGCACAUCGAUCAAUGUAUCACUUUCGGACCCAAUUUCGCGGCCAGCCAACGAACAAGAGCCCACAUCAACCGAACCAAUUCACAUUUUGAGUGUGGCCAUUCGCGAAACCGGUGACAUGGACGAUGCUCAAAUGGCAUCACAAUUCCAAGUGUAUUGCUCGCAACACCGCGAGGAAUUGUUCAAUCGUCGUGUGCGCCGUAUUACAUUUGCCGCAUUGAAAAAGCGCCAAUUCCCCAAAUUCUUUACAUUCCGUGCUCGUAAUAACUACGAAGAAGAUCGCAUUUAUCGUCAUUUAGAACCAGCAUGCGCCUUCCAAUUGGAAUUGAACCGUAUGCGCACAUACGACUUGGAAGCGUUGCCCACAUCCAAUCAGAAAAUGCAUUUGUAUUUGGGCAAAGCCAAAGUGGCCAAAGGACAAGAAGUUACCGAUUUCCGCUUUUUCAUUCGUUCAAUUAUUCGGCAUCAAGAUUUGAUCACCAAGGAAGCUUCAUUUGAAUACUUGCAAAACGAAGGUGAACGUGUUUUACUCGAAGCCAUGGACGAGUUGGAGGUGGCAUUUUCACAUUCACAAUCAAAACGCACCGAUUGCAACCAUAUCUUCUUGAACUUUGUGCCAACGGUCAUCAUGGAUCCAGCCAAAAUUGAGGAAUCAGUCACAAAAAUGGUCAUGCGCUAUGGACCACGUUUAUGGAAAUUGCGCGUUCUUCAAGCCGAAUUGAAAAUGGUGAUUCGUCAAUCACCACAAGCGUCAACGCAAACCAUUCGACUUUGCAUCUCAAACGAUUCCGGCUACUUCUUAGACAUUGCCAUGUACACCGAAGUUACCGACAAAGAAAGCGGAGAAAUAAAAUUCAUGGCAUACGGUACAAAACAAGGGCCAUUGCAUAAUUUGCCAAUUUCAACUCCAUACUUAACCAAAGAUUUCUUGCAACAAAAACGCUUCCAAGCUCAAUCAAAUGGAACGACAUACGUGUACGAUAUGCCAGACAUGUUCCGUCAAAUGACCGAACGUUUGUGGAAAGAAUUUGCAAAAGCUCGUCCAACGAUCGAUAUUCGAAUGCCCGAAAAAGUGCUCAUCGAUUGCAAAGAACUCGUUCUGAUCGGUGAUAAACUCGAGGAAAUUCCACGUUUGCCAGGAGAAAAUGAUUGUGGAAUGGUGGCUUGGCGUCUAGUCUUGUCAACGCCAGAAUAUCCAGAUGGUCGUGAAAUGAUUUUGAUUGCAAACGAUCUAACUUAUCUGAUCGGUUCGUUUGGUCCAAAGGAAGAUCUGCUUUUCAACAAAGCAUCGAUAUUAGCCAGAGAACUUAGAGUGCCAAGAAUUUACAUUUCGUGCAACAGUGGUGCACGUAUCGGUUUGGCUGAAGAAGUAAAAUCAUUGUUUAAAGUCGCUUGGGAAGAUCCAGAAGAACCAGACAAGGGCUUCAAAUACCUGUACUUGACUACCGAAGAUUAUCACAAGAUUUCCAAUUUGAACUCAGUUCAUGCCAUUUUGAUCGAAGACGAAGGUGAACAAAGGUACAAAAUUACUGAUAUCAUUGGUAAACAAGACGGUAUUGGUGUGGAAAAUUUGAGUUAUGCUGGUAUGAUUGCGGGUGAAACAUCUCAAGCUUACAAUGAAAUUGUUACCAUUUCAAUGGUAACGUGCCGUGCUAUUGGUAUUGGUUCAUAUCUGUUGCGUUUGGGCCAACGUGUGAUCCAAAUUGAUAAUUCUCACAUUAUUUUAACGGGAUAUGCAGCUUUAAAUAAGUUAUUGGGACGAAAAGUUUACGCUUCGAAUAAUCAACUUGGUGGUAUUCAAAUUAUGUACCAAAAUGGUGUAACGCAUAAAACAGAAGCAAUUGAUUUGGACGGUAUAUACACAAUCCUUUCAUGGUUAUCAUACAUUCCGGCAAAGACUGGCAGUGGUUUGCCAAUCGUUAUUCCAAAUGAUCCAAUCGAGCGGCCAGUUGGUUUUGUGCCGACAAAAGCACCAUACGAUCCACGUUGGAUGCUUGCUGGCAGACCAAAUCCAACAAAUCCAGGCGAAUGGGAAUCCGGUUUAUUCGAUCGGAAUUCAUGGUCUGAAAUUAUGGAACCAUGGGCCCAAACGGUUGUAACAGGUCGUGCACGUCUCGGUGGUAUUCCAGUUGGUGUGAUUGCGGUGGAAACGCGCAGCGUUGAACUGACAAUGCCAGCUGAUCCGGCUAAUCUUGAUUCCGAAGCGAAAACAUUCCAACAAGCCGGUCAAGUUUGGUAUCCAGAUUCAUCGUACAAAACGGCACAAGCAAUCAAAGAUUUCAGUCACGAAGAGUUGCCGCUCAUCAUUUUGGCCAAUUGGCGUGGUUUCUCCGGCGGUAUGAAGGAUAUGUACGAGCAAAUUGUUAAAUUUGGCGCUUACAUUGUCGACGGUUUGCGUGAGUACAAACAACCAGUGUUGGUUUACUUGCCACCAAAUUCGGAAUUGCGUGGCGGUGCAUGGGCUGUGCUUGACUCACAAAUCAAUCCAACAUACAUGGAAAUGUACUCCGAUCCCGAAUCACGUGGUGGUGUCCUCGAACCAGAAGGUAUCGUUGAAGUUAAAUACAAAGACAAGGAUUUGGUCAAAACUAUCAAUCGAUUGGAUCAUGUUGUGGUUGAUUUGCAAAAUCAAAUCGAACAAAACUCGGGCAACAAAGAGUUGGUGGGCCAACUUGAGCAAAAAAUCAAAGAACGUACUCAAUCGCUGUUGCAUGUUUAUCACACCGUUGCUGUGCACUUUGCUGAUUUGCAUGACACACCUGAACGUAUGUUGGAGAAGGGUUGCAUCAAUGAAAUUGUACCAUGGCGUACAUCGCGUGAAUGGUUACACUGGCGUUUGAAUCGUUUGUUGCUCCAACAUCAAAUGGUGAAAAAAAUCAUUGCCGCUCACGAUGAUCGCAACAUUGAACAGGCCAAGGAAACGCUAUGCAGAUGGUUUGUUGAAGACAAGGGCACAACCGAAGCUCAUCUCUGGGACAAUAACAAAGAGGUCGUCAACUGGUUGCUCCAUCAAACCGAUUCCCAUUCGGUCGUCGAAUCCAAUAUCAAUGCAAUCAAACGUGACGCAAUCAUUUCACAAAUUCGUAAAUCGCUUGAAGAACGUCCAGACGUUGCACUCGACGCAGUUAUCGGACUCUGUCAAACAUUGUCAUCAACGCAACGUUGCGAAGUUGUUCGCACACUCGCACAACUAGAUCUAUCAAGCAACUCAGAACAACAUCAAGAUUUCAAUGGGAAUUUAGCUUUUGAUGAAAAAAAAACGAAAAUGUGCAAAAGAAAUGGAAACAACAACAAGAAGAAGAAAAAAAAAAUUCGUUGAUCGCCGUAGAAAAUAAAUAAAUAAAUACGUUAGAUGUAUAUUCAAAACAUUCAAUUGAACAACAAAUGAUAUUGGUAACAAAGUUAUUAGAUGAAAGGAAAUAAAACAAAACGAUAAUAAAAAUAAAACAAAUGCGAAAUCAGACAUUUUGCAGAAAAUAUAUUUUGUACAUAUAUCAUUAUGCUAUAAACGUUUAUUAUAUUUUUGUUGGAAAGAGUUAUUAAAACUAUUUAAUUAAAAAAAAAAAA